UAUAUUCCGGGCUUCCUGGAACAUGUGCUUCACUCUGGCUGAGGUUGGAAACUGUGUUGGGUCAUCGCUGAGGCACACUUCUCCAGACGUGCUCGGAGACGCUCUGAGGAGUUCACUUUCUCACUGACAGGUGGAGGAGCGUGCCAGAAUGGACUUCAGGGUGAGCUUGCUGCUUCUGUCUCUAGCUGCGGUCAUGGUGUCUGGCCAGAGGAGACGCCCUGUUAAAGAGGAAUGGAAUUAUCGUGAAGGCUCGGAGAAAGUGAACAUGCGAGGCGUGGCCAACCUGACUCAAGUUCUGGAUGACUGGAGGUUUGAUAUCCUGAACAGAAUCAAGGGUCUUCUACAGAAUGACCACCAGACCCUGUUGCCGGACUACUCCAGGAUCCAGCCUCUCUCAGAGGCCUUGGAUGACCUGUACAAGGAGUUCAAUGCUCUGAAGGCUCACCUUGGCGACCUGACGGAGAAGUUUGGGCCCAUUGAGACUUUCAUUGACGAGCUGAAGGCGGAAAAGGCCGCCAGAGGUACAACCGGAGCUACAACUGGUGAAGCGCCCGGAGCUGCGGGUUUCCCCCCAUUUCGGAGGAGAAUCAUCAAGAAGAAAACUCCAAUCUCGUGAAAGCGAGGAGCUUUCUGAGAAAUCCCAGAUAGAGCUGGCACUCUCUCCGAAGCCGUAGACAGCAAAUCACCUUGAUAUACGUUUGUAUGAUGCUUUAUUUUCCGUAGAGCUUCUCAGUCUUUUUAGCAUCUUGUUACUGCAUGUUGCUGGGAAACUGGUGAUAUACAAUAUGCUGACCGAGGUAAAAUUGCCCCCGCUCCCCCACACCCCACACCACACACCCCCCUACCCCACACCCCCACCCCUUUUUGUUUUUUUGUGGUUUUGCUGUAAGCAAAAGCCCCAGUUGGGGAGUGUAGAAGUCUACAAUAAGAGCAUGCAUGGAGUAGCUGGUAGGCUAUGUAGUAGGUUAUGAUAGCACAGUGUAUACAUCAUCUCAGAUUAUGCUAUAUAUGUAUAUAUAUCUUUAUAUGUGUACGAGUUAUCACCAUCUACAAUUAUAUACUUUGAUAUCAUAAAUAUUGUCACUGUCAAAUCAAAAUCUCACCUUCGAUUUGUAGUUUUUGGCACCAUCUGAAAACAGCAGCUGCCCUUUACAUUGAACAUUUCAUGAAAAGGACCAAUAGAAAAGGUCCAAAAUAGAAUCUGGUUAAACAUUAAAGGGUCCAUAUUAUGGAAAACCAAAUCUCACUUUCUGAAAUAAAUUUGAUCUAGAAUAUAAACAUUGUAAACGUUUUAAAAGUGCUCUGCUCACUCCCCAGUCCAUACAGUCCAUAUAUGGAAACUAGGCUGCAAAAAACAGCCUGUUUUGAAACCAUUGUUUUUGUGAUGUCACAACAAACCAGUGCAUUUCAUCUGUCCGCCUGAAGUUACAAUCUAUCACAUUGAAGUUAUAAGGAGUGUUUCAGCCUUGGCUGCUUAUUGAGGCACACUACAGAUCAACCAUUCGGAACAGAGCUCAUUUACAUAUGUCAAUCUUAAAGGCACAAUUAUGAAAACAGCCUGUUUAAUUCUAAGGAAUAAAGUGAGCUUGGAAAAUGGUCAGGGGAAAAAAUAAACGAUGACACAAAACAACACAGAUUUCAUAAAAAAGGUGAAUGUGGGCCCUUUAAUGAGGUUUUGUCUUGACAGUGACAACAUGCAAAACGCAGUAAAUCCAAUUUAGAUGACACGAAAACAAGCAUUGCAAACAAGGUAUAUGGAAAAAUCCUAAGUGACUCAUAACGACCAAUGACAUGCCUGUUCUAACACGCACGGCACGUUUCUGAUAUAUGAGCUAAUUAUUUUAUUAGAAACAUCACUUUUACACCUGUCUAGAGAGCAUGGUAAUGUGGUGCUUAAUGUCUUCUGGCUCAUAAUUGCAGUCUUGCAUAAGCUACAAAUAAAGUGUCAUUUGCAUAUAUUA